UAUACGGUCUUUUCUCACAAAAUUAGAACAAGAAAAACUCUCAGUAAUUCAUAAAAUUUAAAGAAAUUUUUAACAAAUAACAUUUAAUUCAUUACUAUUUAAUAAAAUUUCAAUUGAAAAAUGUGCCAAACUACCAUAAUUUAACUAAUUUUUAGCAACAAAAGUGUUUUGGCGCCGCCAUAUUGCUUUUCUUGUCUAUUUUAUCCAAAAUCAUUGUAUUAAAAGAGAACGGCAAACACGAAAAAAAUCCCAAGAAAAAAAAAGAAUACCAAAUGUAAAAGCGUAUAUAGUGUGCAUGUUUGUGCGUGUGUUUAACAAGACGAGUGCGAGCAGUGAAGGGAGUGUUUAAUAGCAGUGAAUGUGUGUGACAAAAAAAGCGAAACGAAGAAUUUUUAUUAUCGUUCACUCGUUCGUGAUGUUGGCAAAAUAAAAUUUGUCUGUUUCGUUUUUUACAGUGCAUCUCAUGUGUUGUAUUUUCAAUUAAAUUUGCUAGAAAAAGAAAAAACAAUAAUAAAACUAUUGUGUGGUGUUGUGUAAAACAAAAUAAACCUACUAAUUACAAUAACAACAAUCAAAACAUUUAACAAAAAAGUGUAAAGGAAUUGGGUUUUUCAACGAUUAUAAAAAAACACCUUAAACAAAUUAAUAAUAGAUCAUCAACAAAUUAAGAUUAUUGCGUAAACUUAUACACAGUGCAAUAAAGAGGCCUCCAAAUGAUGGAAGAUAUUACUAAAAAUAUCAUCUUUACAAAUGCUCUUGGGGCAAAUGUUCAACCUAUACAAUAUCAAACAGCAGAUGGCACCAUCUUGAAGCAGCCCAAAAUUGAAGGGCAAAAAGAACAGCCCACCUUCUACUACACCACCACAAAUGGCAAUGGAGCCACCGUAAAUUUGGCACAAUUGGCCACCGAUGAUAACAAGACCUGUUACAUAGCGCAGCCGGUAGGAGGCUACAACUAUGCCUUGGUCAAUGGCAUGCAAUUGAAUCAAUUAAAUCAGGGUGGCACUAUAGGUAUAGCCACCUUAGAUUCACAAGGUAGAUUGCAAAUAGUCAAUCAAAAUAAACCUUUAACAGCACAGUCCUUACAGACUAUUUCUCCCAUACAGAAUACAAUUUCCAAUAUAAGUUUUAAAUGUGAUGUUUGCGGUUUAAUGUUUUCACAUUUGGCUUUACUAAAUCAUCACAAACGUAUACAUGCCCAGGAUGGCAGUGAUCAGCAGCACCAGCAGCAGUCUCAACAACAAGAGGCUAUUGUGGUAAAUGCUCAGGGAUUAGUGCAGACACAAAAUAUUAUCACCGAAAAUGGACAAAUGGGACAAAUACAAAUUGUAGCCACCGAAGCAUUAGAACCAGCUGUUAUGCAACAGCAACAACAACAGCAGCAGCAGCAACAACAACAAUUACAACAACAGCAGCAGCAACAACAACAAAAUCAGCAACAACAACAGCAGCAGCAGCAACAACAACAGCAACAAAACAAUGAGGUACAAUUAAAUAACUCUAACGCUGCAGGCAAACAUUUAAAACUAGAACAAAGCAAAUGCAAUACAUGUGGUGUACAAAUACUACAGCCUGUCAAGCGUAAAGGUCCCAAAAUUAAUCGCUGCGACUCAUGCCUACAAAACGAUCAAGCCCAACAGGCUGCCCUAAAUGCCGCCCAACAAGUAACACCCACUCAAAUAUUCGUAGCACCCGAUGGAGAAAUUAAAUUCGAAAUGAAUGAGCUGCAAAGUGGUAAUUCCGAAUCAUCUAUGGAUUCUCUGAAUGCCCAAAAUAUGCUACAGAAUCAUUUACAACCGGUACAAAUUAUCUCAACAAAUGCCCAAGGCCAGCAAGUGCAGCUGGUGGCACAGACUACUAACCAGCCAGGCACAACAUCGACUGUAACGACAGCAAGUGUAAAACGUGAAAAUUCCCAUGGUGGAACAUCGUCACAGCCGGCCAAGAAAAAGUAUACUCAACCCAAGGUGACGAAGUGUAACAAGUGCAAUGGCUCGGGUGUGGUGUUUGCCGGCUCGGGAGCGCCGGCCUCGAAGCAACAGUGUUCGGCGCAAUCGACAGUGAAAACGGAAAAUCCCAAACCUUUUACUUGCAACAUCUGUGGUGGUACAUUUUCCCGCUAUUCAAGUCUGUGGUCUCAUAAAAAGCUGCACAGUGGUGAGAAAAACUAUAAAUGCAGCAUAUGUGGUUUAGCCUUUGCCAAGGCAGUAUAUUUAAAAAAUCAUGCUCGUAUACACACCGGCGAAAAACCCUACAAAUGUCAAACCUGUGGCAUGCAAUUCUCCCAAUCGCCGCACUUGAAAAAUCACGAACGUACGCACAGCGGUGAACGUCCCUAUGUCUGUGAGGUAUGUGAUAAGGGCUUUGCCAGACAUGCCACCCUAUGGAAUCACAGGCGCAUUCAUACCGGCGAAAAACCCUAUAAAUGUGAUAUCUGCGGUUCGGCAUUUUCGCAGGCGGCUCAUUUGAAAAAUCAUGCCAAGGUACAUUCUGGAGAAAAGCCUUUCAAAUGUGAUAUCUGUUCGGCGGCAUUUGCUGAUCGUUUUGCCUUGAAACGCCAUCGUGGUAUCCAUGAGAAAUAUGGACAAACUGCACCGCGACAGCCCGCCCAAGUGCCACAGUCACAACAAAAUCAACAAGAUAAUACUGGCGGCGGGGACCGUCAACAGAUGGUUAUACAAAAACAAGAACUACCCGAUAUGGAUGAUGAUGCUCAGCAUGAAGUGAUAAUAUCUGGUUUAUAGACAAACUCUAAUAGAGGAGGUGCUGCUAUAUAUACGACGAGUACAUAUCAACAUCACACCCAAACGCAACCAACACAACAUUCAUCACAGAUUGCUUCAACAGCAUCUAACAACACAUCUUCAAUGUCCUCAACAACUGCCUCAUAUUUACAUAAUUAUCAUCCUUUACAACAUGCUCAACUGUCACCGCCAGUCUAUUAUCCUCAACAACAGCAAGCUAAUAUUAAUGCCAACAUGGCAAAUAUUACCGAGGUGAUUUCUAUAAAUUCAUCUAUUUCUAAUACUAUUUUAACGCCACUUACCAAUAAGCGGUAAUUGAUAAAAGUGGUUAAUUGUGCGAAUUGUUUGUAAGCAGACAACUGGAGAAUUGUGAACAAAUAUAUAGAAAAAUAAUGUCUGGUUUCUCUAAUUUACCUAAAUAUUUUUGGCCCUUCUCGAUGAUGAUAUGUUGACCCUAUGGUGCUCUUGCCGUUUCACUUCCAAAUUACUCGUUAAAUACAUAUUUAAAGCCUUUUUUAUUUUUUUCUUAACCAAAAUGUAAAUACAAUUGAAACUACGUAGUACUACAUUUUAAGUAGUACUUACU